AGGUAGCCGGCUCUUCCCUUCCAUAGGUCAUAACGUGCUCUGGGGACUGUUUGUUUGUAUCCGAGUGUGGCUGCCAAUCAACUCCUGGCCUAAACUGGGUCCCGUCGGUCAUACGUAGCUUAAGUAAAAGCCAAGUACGAUUCUUGACUCGACUGUCCUAUCUGAGUUCAAAAAAAACAAACAAACAAAAAAAAUGGAGCUGGCGUACUGGGAGUCCUAUAAGGCCAUUGCGCAGAAGUUGAAGAAGCGGUUCAUGCGCAAGCCAAAGUAUGACGUAGCACGAGACGAGUACAUGCACCUCGCACGUGAGCUGAAGAAGGAGGGUGCGCAUCAACCGGCGGCACUGUGUUUCCUGGCUGUAGCACGGUGCCAGGAGGCAAUGGCCAAUAACACGGCGAUGGCGAAGUACACACACGAGGCUGCGCGGCUGUACAUCUCCUCAGUGCAGUACGACGUCUAUUCGGCCUACCUACCCCUGGCGGACUGCAUAGUGGACGCCACAAACACCUACCUCCUGGCCGUAUCCAUGUACCUGAACAUACGCAAACCCAGCCUUGCCUCCACACUACUACUGGAGCUAGCUGGUACGCUGUAUGAUCUGCAACUGUUUGAGGAGGCGAUGCUGUACUAUCGCAAGGCACACACGCUGCAGCAGCACACACCUCUGGUGGCACUAGCGACGCUGCAGAGGGUGGCUAGCUGUCUCAUCGCACUAGGUGAGUGGUAG